AUGGCGUUCAUUUACGACAAGAACACUGAAAAGAAAGUCCAAGCCGAAACCGAAAAAAUUAAACUCCAAAACAAAAUUACCAAAGACAUAACCUACGACCAAUUAAAAGUCGAGAGCAAGCAAAAAGAUAUUAAAGGCAAAAUUGAUAUUUUUCAACGUUUAACCAA